GCUCUGUUCUGCUCUGCCAUCCCCUCCUGUCAGUGUGAGUGUGUUGAGCCUGAAAAGCGUGCCCUUUCCUUGCAUUGCUGCUCCUACCUUGUGACUCCCUUCCUUCCUUCCUGGCAUUGAUGAUAACCCCGUUUGCCUUUCCCCUCUGCUCCUUCUCUCUCUCCUGGUUUCCUAGUGGCAUGAGGAGAUCUCCCGAUGUCAGCCCCCGGCGGCUGUCAGACAUCAGCCCUCAGCUCCGGCAGCUCAAGUAUCUGGUGGUGGAUGAAGCCAUCAAAGAGGAUUUGAAAUGGUCCCGUUCAGUGGAGGACCUCGCUUCAGUGGGGCUCACGUCCAUCGAGGAAAGGAUCCUGCGCAUCACGGGCUAUUAUGGCUACCAGCCCUGGGCGGCCAGCUACAAAAAUGAACGUUCCCAUGAUUCUCCAGCCCCAGCAGAAGCUCAGGCACAGGCUGGGGUGGAAGCUGGUGGAAGAGGGAGCCGAUGCUGCUGGAAAUGCUCUGUCACUCAACUUAAGAAAUUUUUCUGGGGUGUAGUGGUAGUGCUUGGUGUCUGUUCAUCGUGGUCAAUUUCAACCCAACUAGCAAAACUGACCUUUAGAAAAUUUGAUGCACCCUUCACUUUGACCUGGUUUGCAACAAACUGGAACUUUUUAUUCUUUCCUUUGUAUUACAUUGGACAUCUUUGGAAGUCAGCUGUAAAACAGUAUCCACAUCAAAGAUAUAGGGAAUGUUGCCGUUUUUUUGGAGACAAUGGCUUGACAUUGAAGGCAUUUUUUACCAAGGCAGCACCAUUCGGUGUACUUUGGAUACUCACAAACUACCUGUACUUACAUGCAAUAAAAAAAAUAAACACUACGGAUGUCUCCGUGUUGUUCUGCUGCAACAAAGCUUUUGUGUUCUUGCUUUCAUGGAUUGUUCUCAGGGACAGAUUCAUGGGAGUGAGGAUUGUGGCUGCUAUACUUGCUAUUGCAGGGAUAGUCAUGAUGACUUAUGCUGAUGGCUUCCACAGUCAUUCAGUUAUUGGAAUAGCACUUGUUGUGGCAUCUGCCUCAAUGUCAGCUCUCUACAAAGUUUUGUUUAAGCUGCUCCUUGGCAGUGCUAAAUAUGGGGAAGCUGCCUUAUUUUUGUCAGUCUUGGCUGUCUUCAACAUCCUUUUUGUUACCUGUAUACCUGUCAUCCUUUACUUUACCAAAGUUGAAUACUGGAGCUCUUUCGAUGCCAUUCCUUGGGGAAGCAUUUGUGGAUUUUCAGUCCUAUUAUUGACAUUCAAUAUUUUAUUAAAUUUUGGGAUUGCAGUUACAUAUCCUACUUUGAUAUCUCUUGGAAUUGUGCUAAGUGUACCUGUAAAUGCUGUUGUGGAUCACUACUCAAGUGGCAUUGACUUCAACAGUUUCCGUGUGAUUGCCAUAGUCAUCAUUGGCCUGGGUUUCCUCCUGCUCCUUUUACCAGAAGAGUGGGAUGAAUGGUUAAUAAAGCUCCUCACACGCCUCAAAGUUCGAAAGAAGGAAGAGAUCCCAGAAGGAAAUGGAGACAUUGUUUCUGGAUUACAAAAUAAAAGCAGGAGAACACGUCCAUCCAUGUCAUCAUUUUCACAUUAAUGUUAUCUUUUUUAAAGGAAACUUUUAACAUUGAAUGCUAUGAUUCACAGGUCUUUUCUUGCAAAGCACAUAUGUUCAAUACAUAGUGUACAUAGAUGUACAGUUUUGAUAAUAAUAAUAAUUGAGCCCAUAGCACUGGGUUUCAGCAUGUUCAAAAUUGCUUGCACUGUUUCACAUCAAAUCUUUCACUUUGAAAAGGCAAAAAACCCUCUUUUUAAAUGAAUGUAAUGUAUAAAUGAAUAAUAUUUGCAUAUAUGAGUUUUAAUGAUUAGUCAUCAUGAGAAGCAGAGCAUAUAUUUUGAACAUUAGGUACAUGAAUGACACAUCGCACACUGUGAUUUACAAAUAUAUAUAAUAUAAAUAUAUAUAAAAAAAUAGAGGGGGGGGAGAUGCUAUGCUAUUAUAAGCUUAUUUUUUAACAGAGCUGUAUUAUAAAUGUUUUCAAAUAAACCAAAAGAAGAUAUUAAUGGAGAAAGGAGAGGGGUGGGGGAAAUAGAUUAGUUAAGCUAGCUGCACUUGGUGCCAGAGCAAAAGCAAGGACAAAAUGCUAAGUUUUGCACUUAAAGCACGAGAGGGGAAGCAGUCAAGGGUACCAAGGGCACUAUCAGCCAGGAAUUUCUCUUGUGAAAGCUCCAUUGACAUGAAUGGCAGCUGUCCAAGUGAUUCUCCUGUACACCUCCCAUCCGUCUCAAUGGAGCUUGUGCUGGGAAAGUUCUCAGGGGAUUGUGCAUCAAAUCUUUAAUUGUGCAUGACUGCAAUUCAUGCUUAAUCUCAUGCAAGGGAAAAUAUAUAGUGCCUUUUACAGAAUUCUAGUCCACUGUCUGUGUAGAAGUAGGUCACACUGCAAGUUGCUUGUGUUGGUCUUACAACGUGAAGAGAGUGUUCUGCAGAUACAGUGCUCUUGAAACUCCCAAAGAAAUCAAUGAGUGCCUGCUUUAAGCCACAGAUUAAUGGGAGUGCUGAACACUUGGGCAGAAUACAAGGUCUUUUUCAACAGUGAGAUUUGCUUCCCAUUCCUAUGGGCUUUUCAGGUGGAUUCAACUCCUCCUGAACUGUCUUACUGUCAGUGAGGGGAGAAUCGCAUCCUCUUUUUAAGAUCCUUGUUUAAAAAUUCAUAAUAAAAGCUAGCAGCCACUUACAGAGGAACACAAUUUAUGAUAUGUACUAUAGCAAGAAUAUCAAGGACCAAGAGGUGAAUUGCCACUUGCUUUUAUUCCAUUGCUGUUAGCCUUUUUUUAAAAGGACAUUUACAAGAGAUUUCCAUCUGUCUAACACUUUUUACAAAACUUGUAAGCACCAAGCUGUUUACUUCUACAACUUAGGUUUGCCAUUAAAUUUCUAUCUGUGAUAGACCAUGUGAAAUGUACAAAGAAAAUGGCAAAUGUUAUAGUUUACUAUUUUUGAAGUUUACAUUGCUGCAUAAAAAAAGAAAAAGUUAUUUUGAAAUGUUGCCAUAAUCCCAAUGGUACCUGCUGUCUCCGUGGCAUUUUUGUGUGUCAGAUGGGGGUGGCGUUCACUUCUCGACUUUUUAUUGAAUCAGUUUUGGAUUCAAUUAUCUGCUUGACAAAACUAAUAAAAAUACAGAAAGUUCAUACCAA